AUGGCUCACGUUCUCGCUACGGCACAGCCCCUCGCCCUCCUCAAGCGGCCACCACCACCAAAGGCCAGCUUCGGCGAUGGCAACGACAAGGCGCCAAAGGCCCGUCACGGGGAGUCCGAGUCGGACCCGGCGGUGGGUCUAGCCGUGGCGCGUCCCGAGUUCGGCGAGCAUGGCGGCGUGAACAUGUCCAUUGAGGCCUCAGCAACGUUCACAGUCAUGGAGCCGGACAUCCUGCGCCGGCUCUUCACAGGGGAGCUAGGCCCGGAGCGCGACCAACUGUACAUCUACAGCCGCCACUUCAAUCCGACGGUGCUAGCUCUGGGGCGGCAGAUGGCGGCCUUGGAGGGGACCGAGGCCGCCUACUGCACGGCGUCCGGCAUGUCGGCCAUCUCGUCCGUGCUGAUGCAGCUGGUGGGCGCUGGCGGGCACGUGGUGGCAUCGCGGUGUUUGUACGGCGGAACCCAUGCCCUGCUGUCCCAAUUCCUGCCGCGCACCUCGGGCGUGCACACGACGUUCGUGGACACGGACGACGAGGAGGCCGUACGCUCGGCCAUGAAGCCAGGGGAGACGCGGGUGGUGUUCGUGGAGACUAUGUCGAACCCGACACUUGCUGUUGCCGACAUCCCGAUGUUGGCGCGUUUGGCGUGCGAGGCCGGGGCCAAGCUGGUGGUGGACAACACCUUCACUCCCGUCGUCGUCUCGCCCGCGCGGCUAGGCGCCGACGUCGUCGUCCACAGCAUGUCAAAGUUCAUCAGCGGAGGCGCCGAUAUAAUCGCCGGUGCGAUCUGCGGUCCGGCGUGCCUGGUGAAAGCGAUGAUGGACCUGCAGGACGGUGCACUGAUGCUCCUGGGCCCCACAAUGAACGCUAAGGUGGCGUCCGAGCUUGCCGGGCGUCUUCCUCACCUGCCGCUACGAAUGCAGGAGCACUCGCGCCGCGCCGCCGAGUUCGCCACCCGGAUGCGCCGCCUGCGCCUCCAUGUUACGUACCCUGGCCUUCCGGACCACCCGCACCACGACCGGUUGUCCGCCAUGGGCAACCCGGGUUACGGCGCCGGUGGGAUGUUGUGCGUGGACAUGGGCACCGAAGAGCGGGCCAACAGCCUCAUGUACCACCUACAGAACAGCACCCGGUUCGGCCUCAUGGCCGUCAGCCUCGGCUACUACCAGACGCUCAUGUCUUGCUCCGGGAAUAGCACCAGCAGUGAGAUGGCGCCCGACGACCGCGCCCGCGCCGGCAUCUCCCCGGGCCUCAUUCGCAUGUCCAUUGGGUACAAUGGCACCCUGGACCAGCGCUGGGCGCAAUUCGAGCGCGCCGUCACCCUUAUGAAACAGGAGACCACCAGCGCUUCCGCAAGCAAGCUCAUCUGA